CCAUUAUCCACACACGUUGUUUUCAUACCGAUUUUGUGUUAAUAGCCAAAUUCUUUACGAAAAAUUUCAUCAUUUUUCAUUCAUUUAUUUCAAUUUUUAAAAAAUAGAAAAUAAUGGAACGUCGUAUUAAAUUGAAAUCAUUAAAUCCAUAUAUUACCUGUAAAAUAUGUAAAGGUUAUCUAAUUGAUGCAACAACAGUCACCGAAUGUUUACAUACAUUCUGUAAAAGUUGUCUAGUUAAACAUUUGGAAGAAAAUAAUACAUGUCCAACAUGUAAUAUAACCAUACAUCAAUCACAUCCAUUACAAUAUAUUAGCUAUGAUCGUACAUUACAAGACGUUGUUUAUAAAUUGGUUCCAAAUCUGCAACAAAAUGAAAUUGAACGUGAAAGAGAAUUUUAUCGUUCACGUGUUAUGCCAUAUCCAAAAUCGAAUCCAAAUCUAAUUAAAAUGCUUAAAGAUGGUGCCAAUCUAAGUCAUCAAUGUACAAGUGAAAAUUAUCAUCGUGAUGAUGAACAAAUUGGUAUCGAAUUAUUAACCAGUUCAGAAGAAUUACUUAAGCAAAUAAAAGCAAAAUAUAUUCGUUGUUCAUCACAAUUGACAAUUAAUCAUCUCAAAAAAUUUAUAUCAAAAUUAAUUUUCAAAACUACCGAUAAACAUAAAGAUAUUGAUAUACUUUAUAAUGAAGAGUUACUUGGUAAAGAUCAUACAUUGAAAUUUGUUUUUGUUACUCGUUGGCGAUUCAAGAGUGGUCCAUUAAAAUUGUAUUAUAAACCAUCGCUUAAUUUGAUUUCUUGAAUUUUUUUUUUGUCAUAAUAAUAGUUUUAGUUUACAUCCCAUCAACAACAUCAUUUUGUAUUUAAAUAAAAGAUUUAUUUCAUUCAUUU